UAUUAUCAUAUUUACAAUGUCGUAAGUUUAAUAAAUGCCGAAGGUAAAAAAACAACGUUACCAUAUCUUAACAAAUAGCUACAUUAACCCACAAUUUGCAUAAUCUUAUUCACAUGGGCAGCAAUAUUUUUGUAGGUACAUAAAUAUCAUAAAAAUAAUGACUUUCCACAAAUUUUUCGUCAUUUUACUCAGUUAGGUACUGUUUGUUACAAUGUUGGGUCGACGUGUAAGAACAUCUAACAGUGGUGGAUUACUGGCCUAUAAUUCAAACGUGAACAGCAAGUUUUUUCAUUUCACAUCUGCUAUGAACCAAUCCACGAACACUAAAGAGAUAGCGGAUAGACAGAGUGCAUCGUUGGACAGCGACAUAUGUUUGCUCGUGGACGAGAGGGACAACUUCAUCGGAACUGCUACCAAGAGGGAUUGCCACAGAGUGAAUGCGGACGGCAAGCUGCUCCUGCAUAGAGCCUUCAGUGUGCUAAUGUUCAACUCCGCGGGGGAACUACUUGUGCAGAAAAGAGCCGCUGAAAAAGUAACUUAUCCCAGUGCUUUCACUAACACAUGCUGUAGUCAUCCAUUGUUUAUUGAUGGUAUACCGGAAGACGUCACAACUGCUGCUAUUCGCAGACUUAACGAGGAACUGGGGAUUCCAAAAGACCAGUUGCGUCGUGAAGACUUCACUUUCAUAUCCCGUUUCCUUUACGCGGACUAUGGAGACGGUAAAUGGGGAGAAUACGAGCUGGACCAUGUGCUCAUCCUGAGAAGUGAUGCGCAAGUGAAACCCAACCCUAAUGAGAUUGAUGACGUCAAAUACAUACCUAGAAAUAAGAUCGACAGUUUCAUGGAACACCUGAAGGAUCCCGUAACACCAUGGUUCAGGCUGAUAUACCACCACCUGCUGCUGUACUGGUGGGACAACUUGCACCGCCUCGAAGACAUUGCCGAGCCCCACAAGAUAAGAUCGUUUAUGGACAAAAAGUAACACUAUUACAUUUAUAUGUAACGUUUUUUGGCCAUCGUCUGUAUGUGAAAAUGAAGCUCAUAAUUAGAUUGAACUAGAUACUUAACUACACUAAUUACUGCGUCCGUGAUUACCAAUAA